AAGAUUGCACACAUACAAAAGCAGUUUCUGCUUGGACGUGCUUUGUUUCUCUGGCUGCUUUCUCCUGUUUGUUUAAACACCUGCCUGUUAUCAACUAAAGACGUACCUUUUCUGCUGCUUUUCUUUCACUUUGGAGACAUGGCGUCGAUAAAAGAAAGAGCCGCGGCGUUAAACCUCGCAGACAAAUUGUGUGUGCGUCCACAAGCUCAUGGAGCGACCAGUAAACCGGUCCAGUCCUCCUCCAUGUGGAGCAGCCUCAUCUCCCACCUCCGGUCCUCUGUGACAGUGAAGUGCCGACGAGUCCACCUCAGAUCUCGCGGCGAGUGUUUCCUCGGCUCAGAGGCUGUAGAUGUGGUGGCAGAACACAUCAGCUGUGUCACUGAAGGUGCCGAUGUGUCACGGGACAAGGUGGUGUGUGUGUGCCAGGCUCUGUUGGACUGUAAUGUGUUUGAGGCAGUGGGUACCAAAGUUUUUGGAAAAGACAAGAAGCAGGAUGUGUUUCAAGACAGCAAGAGUGCUCUUUACAGGUUUGUAGGUGUGAGUAUUCCCUCGGUGGAGGAGUUGGAAAGAGGUGUGAAGGGGAUCCAAAGACUGUUCUGCAGUGCUUCUUCAGACAGGCAGGAAGAGCAGACGCGUCCCACUGACUUACAUGUUGAGAUGUCCACCCCCGUCAAACUUACUCAGAUCACCCCUGUGGCCAACCAGCUGGACACUCCUGCCACUGCCCGUCUGUCAGCGGAGCCUCUGGUGGACAGUCUGAGUCCCAGCAAAGUGCAGACAGACACUGCGUUACCACAAUCAUUGGUAGCCGAAGUGUGGCAGGAGCAGACGCUGCUCCGGCUUUUAAACCUGGUGGAGCUCCCCCUGUUGGAGGGGGUGCUUCAGUGCAGCCAGACCCCGUCCCCUCCUCCUCCGUUACACCCGCUGGCUCACAGUAACCCAGACCUGAUCUACAGCAGCAACCACCUGGACAGAAAGAUCCUCAAGGCCUUCAGGGACUCUCAGGAGGAUGAGUGGCUUUGUGCGGCUCUGGACUGUCUAGACUUCCUCCCUGAUCAGCCAGUGGUGGCGCUGAGCAGGGAGCUGCCGUUCCCGCAGGAUCAGGACAGCUGUGAGCCAGAGGCAGCUGGUAGCAGUUCAUCAGAUGGAGUCAACGCCGGUGAUGAGCUGCCUCGUCUCUCUCCGAGUGGUUUGUCCCAGUGUAAGCUGCUGCUGUACGGGACUCUGGUGAAACACUACAGCCACACAGACAGACCUCCGCUGCUGCCUCAGCACAUGACUGACAUCUUAGCAGCCAUCACUGACCUGCUGGUGAAUGCUAAGUUGGACACGUGUCUUGAGGCUCUGCAGUUGUGUCUGAAGCUGCUGCCCUCUGCCUGCAGAGACGAGCUGCGCAGGCUGCUGACUUUCAUGGCUCUGGCAGCCGACCCGCAAGGGAUAAAGCUGGAGAAGGAGAUGGAGAACAGACAGGCGGUGAAGAAGUCUCUCUUCAGGGCGAUCCUCCACAGCAGAGUUCUUCCAAAGGAGAAAGAGGAGCUGAUGGUGGUCUUCAUGCUCAGCAACAUAACGGAAAUUUUUAAGAUACCAGGAGCUCUGCACAAAGGAGUGAGUGACAAGCUGGCCGGCCUCGUACACGGGAAGCAGCCUGACGUAACCGGCUCUACGUUCUGUCAGCAGGUCCCCAGCAGGACUUUUGCUGACUCCACAAAAGAAAACACCAAUCAGGAACUGUGGGCUCUGCUGAAGAGCAUCCACCUGGACACCAAGAUCUCAGCCAAGGAGAGAAAACGCCUCCUGGGACAGUUUUAUCAAGCCCACCCAGAGAUAUUUAACCAGUACUUUGGUGAAUUUGCAGUUAGUGUGUUGUAGUUUUGUGAAAACAAUCAUACAGGCACCUUAUCUUAUCUGUUUCUCUCUCUUUUACAGUCUGAUUUUGCCUUUUACAUUUAUUUUGCUUGUUGGACACAAGUUAACUGUG